AGAUCCGCAGCUGAGCCUUGCCCUUCCUUCCGCCCUCGGUCGUCGUACGCAAUCUGGCCUGCACGCGCUCGCCCAGUCCAUUCGCUUGCUUCGUGCCGAAUUGUACCACGGCCAUGGCCGAGCGGCACCCCGUCGUGCACCUGUUCUUCGGGCGGCUGCCGAACCACCUCGCCGUGCAGCAGUUCGCACAGCACAGCACACACUUCGACUACGCUCCGCGCGCCCCGGACCCGCUGCUGGCGCACGACGUCGACUGGGCCACGGGCGCCACGCCCCGCGGCCACGAGACGUAUGUGCCGCGCGCCCUCUGCUUCGACUCGCGCAUCGGCUGCAGCGCCGGCGCCGGCGGCGCCUACGACUGGGCCGCCGAGACGGGCGCAGACGAGGAGCAGGCCCUGGCGCGUGAGGGUCAGACGACUUGGGGGCAGGAAGCUGUGAUUCAUCGAGUUGGUGCGAGCGCAAUACACAAUGAGGAUGAGCUGGACGAUGACGUCGAGGAGGAUGAAGCGAUGGACGCCGAGGCGGAUGAAGCGACCGGCGAGGCGGACGCCCAGGCCGCUCCCAAGAAGGCGGCUCGACAACGGCCAAGCCCGCGGCCGUGGUCGCACUACGCCACGUUCGACUUUCACCCGCGCUCCUUGGUCGCGCUUCGGGCACCCGGCGGCGGUGGAGACCUGCGGGCGCUGGAGGACCUGAACGGAGGCGCCUCGGCCGUGGGUGACGGAGCGACGGAGCUGGGUGCGUGGGAGACUGGCAUUGCCGCGGCGCACGAGCUGGACUCGCAAGAUCCCUUUCUCGACGAGCUGCUGCGGCCAUGGACCGAGGCGUGCGACACGAUCCAGGCCUUCAGCUGCGGCACGACGACGACCGAUGCGUUUGCGGGCCUCUCGCAUUGGGCACUCGAGCAGAUCAUCGACGAGUACCCGAAGACAACGGUCCUCACGUGGGGCGCAGCCGGCGUUGGCGCGGUGGGCUUGCAGGACGAGCGCAAAGAGCACGCCAGACGCCUGCGGGUCAUCAAUGGCGCUCUGUCCCUUGCGAUGCUCUCCGAGGUGUCGUCCAUGUACCUGCCGUUGCAUUGCCCGUCUAAAGACGCCUUCCACGACGACAUUCUUAGACGCCGAGCGGAGUGGCUAGACUCCCGCACGCAGGCCUCAAUCAUGCAGCCAACACUUGACACCGCCUUGCUCGGACUUCGGUUGAAGACAGGCGGAGAGUCUGCGUCCACCCUCGCUUCCCGGCUGAACUGGCGACGCGACACCCCGAUUGCCGCUCUGAGGGGGCAUGUGCCGCUGCCGUCCCUCUCAGCUGCACCUCAGCAGGCACCGAUGGACCCCAUCGAUGCACUGCUUGCCUCGCGCGGUUACGGACCGGCACGCAACAAGGCUCGCCCGCUCACGCGCGACGAGGCUGCUGUCGCGGGCGCCGGCGUUUUGAAGGCUCGCUGCAUCGACUUCAGCGAUCUGGCGGCCACAGACAGCGAGCAGAAGGCGUUCGCCGCGUCGACGCUGGCCAGAGGAGCAGCUGCAGCGGCUCUCGGCGAGAAGCUCGAGGACACAGUGGACAAGUGGAGCGGCGUGGACGCGCCCUCUGCGGUCUGCCAGCACCGGCUCUGCGGUCCCAUACAACCUCUCAUCGACUUUUCCGCCCAUCUUCAGCCAAGGAGAGCAGGACGCCAGCCCUGCGCAGCUCUCGCUGCUUGCAUCCAUCAGCACGACGCCCGCGACAGCUACCCCACUGCGUGAGGCACUGUCGUCGCUCAAGGGUGCGCUCGCGGGACACUUGCCAAGUGCGGCGUGGGGCAUCGCCGAGCAAGGGCCGCUUGGCGGCAUGGACGGACUGCGCGAGGCACGCGAACGGCUGGAGGAGCUGCUCGGCGCGUACGAGGAGGAAGGCGCCGGCGGCGAGAUGGAGGAUGUCGGUACCGACGAGGAGUUCGAGCAAGACGAGUGGGACCUGUAAUUGUACGCACCACAUAGACACUCUCACGCACUCACACACACCAGCCGGCCGUCGUCGCGCCCUAAUCC